AUGUGUUCAAGAGGAUAUUUGGGCACAAGCCCUCAGGAGCUGCCAUCUUUAAUUGUGCCCAAUUUUUUAAGGGUUAACUCUUUUAUCGAUGAAGAUCAUAGUACAGACGGAAAUGAGAGUCCUUCCUUCAAUAAUGCAGCCUCAUUUUCUGGGGCCCAGCAGGAACUACCCAACGAAAUAUCGGCUCCAUACGAAGUACCUCAGUUCCCAAUUGAACAAAUCGAGAAGAAAUUGGCUAUACAAAGACAAAUAAAUUACAAAGCAAACGAAGACAAACGCAGUCAUUAUGAACCUUCAGUUACCGGACCCAUCGAGUUGGAAGAACUGGAUGAACACGAUUUAUAUGUUCCACAUUUCCAGAGAGUUUCCAUUUCUGGAGAGGACACUAGUGGGGUUCCAUUGGAGGAUUUGGAGAGGGCAUCAAAACUUCUAAUACAGGCAUUAAAAAUCAGGAAGAGAUACAUGAAAAUGUCGUAUCAAAGUUUUUCCUCGACAGUGGCCAGAUUCCUUGACCCUGACAAGGAACAGCAACAUCACGACGAAAAACAGUCGAUCGCAGAUGACGAAGAUAUGUUGUUCAUGCAGUCCCAAAGUGCGAGGUCUUCGUUUGACGAUUAUUUUAUCACGCAGAUGCUGAGCACUGAUAGUAAUAUAUUAAAUAACGGCGGUGAAGACCACGGUAUCCACCCUCCAAUCCACAAACCAUGGGAAGCACCCGAAGUGCCCGAUACCGACCACGUUUUUAAGAGCAAUAACGGUGUAUAUGAGGUGUUCGCAAACGAAGCGGAUGUCAAAGCAAAUAAACCAUGCGAUUAUCAAUAUCCGGACGUGGUGCAGUUUACAACUGAUUUUUAUAAUAUGUGCAACAUGAUUGCCGAUGGACCUUUGAAGUCUUUCUGCUACAGACGCCUCAGUUAUUUAUCAUCAAAAUUUCAGCUCCACGUCCUUCUAAACGAACUUAGAGAAUUGGCAUCGCAAAAAGCGGUACCACAUCGCGACUUCUACAAUAUCCGCAAGGUCGACACUCAUAUUCACGCUGCAUCCUGCAUGAAUCAAAAACAUUUACUGCGUUUCAUCAAAAAAACCCUCAAAAAUAAUGCUGACGAAGUUGUUUCCGUCACAAACGGAGUCCCCAUGACUCUUAAAGAGGUGUUUCAGGUACGUUGUCGCAGGCACUUUACCUUAGACAGUAUUAACGAACUUUUUCAGUCAAUGAACCUAACAACGUACGACCUAACGGUGGACAUGCUAGACGUACAUGCCGACAGAAAUACAUUUCAUCGUUUUGAUAAGUUUAACGCUAAGUAUAACCCUAUUGGCGAGAGUCGAUUAAGGGAGGUUUUCCUUAAAACCGAUAACUAUUUGAACGGCAAAUACUAUGCGAGUAUAAUCAAAGAGGUCGCCAGCGAUUUAGAGGAGUCUAAAUACCAAAACGCUGAGUUGAGGUUGAGUAUUUACGGCAAAGGAAGGGAUGAGUGGGAUAAGUUGGCUAAAUGGGCUAUGACUUCCAAUGUGUAUUCGGAUAAUGUACGUUGGUUAAUCCAGAUUCCCAGAUUAUUUGAUAUCUUUAAGCUUAACAAAGUCCUAAGCAACUUCCAGGAAGUUGUGGACAAUAUUUUUGUACCUCUGUUCGAGGUAACAGCUAAGCCUAGAUCUCAUCCUGAACUCCAUAACUUCCUUCAAUACGUUAUUGGUUUUGACUCUGUGGAUGAUGAGAGUAAACCAGAGAAGAAUCCGUUAUUCGAUAAGGACACACCAAAUCCUGAAUCAUGGAGUGAUGAGGAGAACCCCAACUAUGCCUAUUAUUUGUACUAUAUGUACGCGAAUUUGUGCGUUUUAAAUCACUUUAGAGCUGAAAAAGGUCUUCAUACUUUUGUGCUAAGACCACAUUGUGGUGAGGCAGGGCCUGUGCAACAUUUAGUAUGUGGUUACAUGCUAUCCGAGAAUAUUUCUCAUGGUUUAUUAUUGAGAAAAGUACCUGUUCUGCAGUAUCUCUACUAUCUAGCUCAAAUCGGUAUUGCUAUGUCUCCUCUAUCCAAUAAUUCACUCUUUUUGAACUACCAUAGAAACCCAUUACCUGAGUAUUUAGCUAGAGGUCUUGUAGUUUCACUCUCCACCGAUGAUCCUUUGCAAUUUCACUUCACCAAGGAACCUCUUAUGGAAGAAUACAGUAUUGCAGCCCAAGUGUGGAAACUAUCUAGUUGUGACAUGUGCGAGUUGGCAAGAAACAGCGUGUUGAUGUCUGGAUUCCCCCAUAAGAGCAAGCAAUACUGGUUGGGUCCUAACUACACCAAAGAGGGUGUUUCCGGAAAUGAUAUUGCGCGAACUAAUGUACCGGAUAUUCGAGUGGCUUUCAGAUACGAAACUUUGAUAGACGAGCUUUCAAAUAUUUUCAAAUCUCACUCGAAAGAGGCGCAAUAA